ACGGUUUGUCUGCGAGUCACGCCUGCACGCACGCGCGAGCGUCCGUUGUUGUCACGUGGGACGCCAGCGCUGGCUGGGUCGGUGAAAGGCUGAACACACACACACGUGCGCGCGCGCUCACCGAAAGCGGCGCGGACGGAAGGACUGCUUCCGAAACGGGGCUACGACGCCGCCGCAAAACUGCGCACUUGGUAGCUUCUGUCGUCGACUGACAACAGCUGCCCGAGGCGUCGAGGUGAGUGCGACCGUUACAGAGAGAGAGAGAGAGAGAAAAGCGAUCAAACCCAGAAGCACCACUGCCACUUGUGCGCGGGGAGCAUGUCCAGUCUCAUGGCUGCCACCCAAGGCAAAUAGAGCGCAGCCGGCGGAUGCAUUGACCCACCAGAUUAUCGCGAACCCUCGUCACUUGUGACGUAUUUCGAAAUGAGACAACGAAGCCCUCUCAAGUGCUGCCGAGAUUAGAGGCCCAUUCCCCAUCUUGUUCUUGCUCGAGCUGCCAGUUGCUUCGCUACAUUGAAGACUUUGCUGCUUGCAUUGCGAGGCGCAACCUUCUAAAUUUCCUGCUAGUAAUUAGGCACACAGGAACGGUCGUCUCUUACUCGCGUCUCAACAUUGGAAGGACCAACGGCUGCCCCUUUCGAGUGCAGAAGGUUUCGUCAUCGAAACUGGACUGCGAAACUGAACUGAUACAAGUGCACCGUGUCCGGGAGCGUCCACUCGAAGUUCGAGUUCUUGUGAAACUGAAGCACAUCCGAUUGUGUGGAACAGUGCAGUAAUCUUUGUCUUGAGACGACGCCGAGGCGUAGAGGGGGUACGUCUGCUUAGUUCCCGGAACCUGGACUUUUAUCGAAGCAUUGUGUUGUGAGUACAACGUUGUACACGCUUCGAGUGCAUUUCUAGCGCAACGCUUCAAGUGCCUGCUUCGUUCACCAAGACGGCAUCUCUCUUAUCUCACGAACAAGUACCACCAUUGCCAUUCUGCGCUAAGGAUCCGGAAUUUCGAUUGUGUAGAAAGAAGUUCGCGUGUUUUAGUGACGACGUCACCAAGUCAUCAGCACAGAUUGUGCUCGUCUGUGGAGUGUGUCGAUUCAGUGGAGCCGAAGCUCUUCAUGUGUUCAGUGUUCGGUGCCACAACGCGUUGCUAAGUGCAGUUCCGUCUUUGACCGUCUGCGGCAACCCACCAUCCGCUUCGCCUCGUCUCCGAUUACUUCCGUGGAUUGUGAAUACAGCAGUUCCACAGCGCCAGGACCAUGUCUGCGUUUGCGAUAGAAACCGUCCUGGGUCUCAUCAAAGUCCUGGGCACCGUCUAUGACUUGGUCACUCUUCCGGUGUACGCCGUACUCCAGCAGCCCUGGGUGUACUGGAAGCGAAAGCGGAUGUGCUUCGCCAAGCGCAUCAUCGAGGGCGACCCUUCGUCCCCGUACCGGCUCCUGGACAACUCCGAGGUCGAGAACCUCAGGGGAAUCCAGACGCUUGACGAGGUCGCGCGCAGGGCCAUCCGGGCUUACGCCAAGAGGCCCGCCAUGGGCACGCGACGCAUCCUCGGGCGAACCGAAGAGAAGCAGCCCAACGGCAAGGUCUUCAAGAAACUCGUACUGGGUGACUACGAGUGGUGGACGUACGAAGAGGUGGACCGCAAGAUCGACCUCACGGCUCGCGGUCUCCUCUCCAUCGGAGCGAGGCCUCGACAGUUCCUGGCCAUCUUGGCCGAGACGAGGGCCGAGUGGAUGCUGACGGCGCAGGCCUGCUUCCGUACCAACAUACCGCUGGUGACGCUGUACGCUACGCUCAGCAACGAGGACAUCGUGAGCGCAGUGAACGUGACCGAGGUGACGCACCUGGUCACCUCGUCGGACCUCAUCACGCGGGUGCUCAGCGUCGUGGGCAAGAUGCCGUCGCUGACGCACAUCGUUUACAUGGAGAACCCCAACGCCAAGCCUCCGGCUCCGUUGCAGGAUGGUCCUCAGGUAAUCCCAUUCUCGAGCCUGGAAGAGCGGGGCGUCGACCACGAACACGAGCAGUGCUCGCCCUCUCCGGACGACGUCGCCAUCGUCAUGUUCACCAGCGGCUCGUCGGGGAUGCCCAAGGGCGUCAUGGCUUCCCACAGGAACCUCAUCUCCUCCAUGAACGGCUUCGGCGUCGUGUGCGACAAAUUCGGCGCCUACACCUGCGACGACGUGUACCUCGCCUACCUCCCGCUGGCUCACAUGCUCGAGCUGGCCGCCGAGACGCUGCUCUUCGGCGCGGGCGCGCGCAUCGGCUACUCCUCCCCGCUCACGAUCACCGACAACGCAUCCGCCGUAGCCAAGGGCUGUCGCGGUGACGUGACCCUCCUUCAGCCCACCGUCUUCGUCUGCGUGCCCCUCAUAGUGGACCGUCUUCGCAAGGGCGUCAACGAGGUGGCCGCGUCCAAGGGACCCUUCUUCAAGGCCCUGUUCGACUACGCCGUCCAGUACAAGAACUUCUGGCUCGACCUGGGCUUCGACACGCCCAUCCUGAACCAGCUGGUCUUCAAGCACGUCCGCCUUCUGCUGGGACCCAACCUGAAGGUCCUCGCCUGCGGCUCGGCUCCGCUGUCGAGUCACACGCGUCGUUUCGUGAGGGCCUGCAUGGGUUGUCGGGUCAUCGAGGGCUACGGCCUGACGGAGACGAGCGGCGCGGCGAGCAUUAUGAACGCUGAGGACGUCAGUGCGGACCGCGUCGGUGCUCCACCGGGUUGCUACCUCCGACUGGUCGACUGGGAAGAAGGCAACUACCGGACGUCGGACAAGCCUAACCCUCGAGGGGAGAUCGUCGUCGGUGGUCCCUGCGUCACCAAGGGGUACUACAAGAACGAGGAGCUGACGAGGGAGUCCUUCCGAGAGGAAGGAGGCAUUCGCUGGUUCUACACUGGAGACAUCGGCGAGAUCUUUCCCGACGGCACGCUCAAGAUCGUGGACCGCAAGAAGGACCUGGUGAAGUUGCAGUUCGGCGAGUACAUCUCUCUGGGUCGGGUCGAGUCGGUGCUCAAGACUUGCACGCUUGUCGACAACCUCUUCGUCUACGGCAACUCUCUGCACACCUACCUCGUGGCGCUCGUGGCUCCCAACCUGAAGCAGCUCCAGCGCAUCGCUCGACGUCUGGGCAGGGACGAAGACUUCGUGUCCAACGCGACGGUCAAGGACCUGUGUCAAGACGCCCAGGUUGCCAAGGCAGCCGAGGAAGCGAUCCUGGAGUACGCGCGCGGCAGCGGUCUCCUGAAGACCGAGGUGCCCGGAAGGGUGAAGCUGUGCUCGGAAGAAUGGAAACCGGACACCGGGCUGGUGACAGCCACGUACAAGAUUCGCAGGAAGCCCCUGCAGAGCUUCUAUCAGCGAGACAUCGAUGCGAUGUACGGACUGUCGGAGGAGAGCAGACUGCGUCGCGCAUGAAGAAUUUAGUUGUGCGCGCGUGUUGCAUUUUCGAUACUUAGGACCAUGUGUGCGGUGCGCCCGUGUGUGUGUGUGACGUUGUAAAAAAGCUGAAAAGGGACAGAAUUAAGACAACGUCCGUACAAGGCGCGUUCCUCUCAUUAUGUAAACGCUGGUACAAGGGUUAGCGUGUACUCCUUGGGAGAUUUACGACUCGUCUUACAAUAUAUAUUUUCCUCUAUAAGAACAGAAAACUUGUGGACUGAAUAAAACUCCUCCAGCCACUGAG